AUGGCCAAGUCCAAGAACCACACCACACACAACCAGUCCCAAAAAUGGCACAGAAAUGGUAUCAAGAAAGCCUGAUCACAAAGAUAAGAAUCUCUUAAGGGGGUGGACCCCAAGUUCCUGAGGAAUAUGUGCUUUGCCAAGAAGCACAACAAGAAGAGCCUAAAGAAGAUGCAGGCCAACAGUGCCGAGGCCAUGAGUGCACGUGCCGAGGCUAUCAGGGCCCUUGUGAAGCCCAAGGAGGCUAAGCCCAAGAUCCCAAAGGAUGUCAGCCACAAGCUCAAGCGACUUGCCUACAUUCCCCACCCCAAGCUUGGGAAGUGUGCUCGUGCCCGCGUUGCCAAGGGGCUCAGGCUGUGCCGGCCAAAGGCCAAGGCCAAGGACCAAACCAAGGUCCAGGCUGCAGCUCCAGCUUCAGUUCCAGCUCAGGCUCCCAAAGGUGCUCAGGCCCCUACAAAGGCUUCAGAGUAG